AGCGCCGAGUGCUCCGACGUCGCUGGUUGCGACAGGUAAAAUGGGACGCUAUCAACCGCUGCCUCCCUCACACACCUCCGUCCCAGUGGCCCGCCCCGCCAUCCCCGCGGCCACGACUAGUAGCGUCGCUAUUAGCGGGACUUUUCCUGCGUUCGUUUGCGCCGGCUGAGAUUCCAGUACAUACCCUCUCGCUCUUUUACAAUACACGCUCGUUUCGGCCUCCACGACGUCCCCCUCUUCCCCACCCGACAUGCCUCCCUCUGUACUCGUUCCGCGCGACGAUGAGACGUCCAGCAGCCUUAGUUCCUCCAAUAUGGGGAUUAUUAUCGCUGGUUUCGUGAUAGCUGGAGUCAUCGUUCUCGGUCUCGCCGCCUAUUUUGGCCUGCGAUUUAUCCGGAAACGAUCGAAGAAGCAGAGAGAGGAGAACCGCGGUGCAGCGUUCCUCAACGUCCGCGGGAUUGUCGAGGAGAAGGAAGAUAAAGAGCCUCCGCCGAGCAUUCUAGUCGGCAUCCAUGGCGAAACAUUCUCCAGAAAUAAUCUGGCCGCUAAGAACGUCGUUAUGCCCGCAAAGACGAUACGGCCCGACGCGUCGCGCGACGAGAUCCUCGACUACUACUCCUCGAGCGGUUCCAUGCCCAAGCCGUUCCGCCCCUUCUCCUUCGCGCUCAACGCGCCCCACCUCACGCCCCCUUCCCCCACGCACGACGGCGCCUCCCGCCGCUCCUCCGUCGGCUCCUUCCUCUCCGUCGCGCGCCACUCCAUCAUGAGCGUCGGCAGCAAUCGCCUCUCCACCGCCUCCUCGCUCUCCUUCGCGGGCGACUCCGCGCAGCGCAAGGUCCGCCAGACGUUCGACCCCGUGCUCCCCGACGAGCUCGUCGUCGCGCUCGGCGAGCAGCUCACCGUCGUGCAGAGCUUCGACGACGGGUGGUGCGUCGUCGGCCGCAGCAGCGUGUUCAACCCCGGCGAGGUCGAGAUGGGCGCGGUGCCGGCGUGGGCGUUCCUCAAGCCCGUGAAGGGGCUCCGCGCAGAGCGGCCCAUGCGCGUGUCCAGCCUGGGCGUGUCGAUUCAGCUCGAUGCGGGCCCGGGGUUCUCGUCGCGCGAUGAGUGCGUUUCGUGGUCGAAUGUGUACUAACGUGACCUCGCGGCGCCUUGUUGUCCGUGUUUCUCCCCAAUUUUCCGACAUAAACCCCACCCACCCACACCACAAGAUACCCUUGCUCACCCCUCAUAUCCCGUCCCCGGCAGGCCUCUCGACGACGGCCUCCUAAUCUUCACCCCCUCUCUCCAUCCGUAACCCCGCCUUUCUUGGAUCCCAGCGUUGACCGUUUGCACUCUGCGCUAGACGCAUGAUACCAUAUACCCUACUGUCGCAAACCGAAACAUAUCAUAGCCUGCACCGCAGUAGAUUACUCGUGUACCCCAUUGCAUGGGGCUUGUCUGGCUUUGUAUGUAUUAGUAGCUCGAUG